AUUUGACACUUGACAGCAUGAGCCGGUGACAGCCCAGCUGGAAAGAUUGUUAGUGCUUUUUGAUAUUGAUAUUUGAAAACAAAUUGGAAUUGGAUAUCGAUAAAUAAAUUACAGUUAACAAAAAUGUGCAAUAAAGGUUUAAAAGUUGCUGAACUUUUUACCAAAGCUGUAGCUUCUACCAAGUGUUUUGAUCAAAAUCUUCGAAAGGUGAAGGUAGUAUGUUGUGGAGAAGGUAAAAUGGUGACAGAGUUUCAAGUUGGUCCUGAGCACCUUAAUCAGAGAGGAACUCUUCAUGGUGGCUUCAUUGCACAUCUUGUGGAUGCCAUUUCAACAUAUGCAUUAACUACUAAUGAAAAAGUUGAUACUAGGGGUGUAUCUCUUGAUUUAAGCAUCAGUUACUUGAGUGCUGCAAGAGAGGGCGAAAAUAUUGAAGUAGAAGCGGUUACAAUUAAAACAGGUAAAAAAAUUGCUUUCUUAGAGGUGAAAGUACGUAAUAAGGAUAAAAACCAGUUGUUGGCGACUGGUCGUCAUACUAAAUACAUUGGAAUUUAAUUUGUUUGCUUUAAGUAUGUUUAUGUACAAUGAUUAGUAGAAAAAAAUAUUUGCCUUUUAUUUUUAAGUACAUAAAUAAACAGACAUAAAUUCUUCAUGCAAUUUUAUAAUCUUGAACAAUAAUCUGUGGUCUACCAUAUUACAUAUGCAUGUAUUAUUUACAUUAUUUUAUUAAUGUAUAUUGCAUAUUAAAUAUUACCAAGAAAUUUGUGUAAAUUGUUUACUGUUUGAUCCAAGUGUAUCUACGUAUCAGUGGCAUCCUUGGGGAGGGACGGGGAGGGGCGUGCGCGAUUCGGUUCGCCUUCUGGAGCCUCUCGUUAUAGGCAGGCAUUGCUCUUACAGAGGAACCUCGCACGGGAUCUUAGCUGAGAAACUUUUUUUAGGUUACCACCACUCUCUUUCUUUUUGAAGUUUUUAAAAUCGGGUAGCUCUAUUUACUCCGUCCCGAAGUCCCAAGUCUCGGCUAAGGCCGCUACUGAUACCUAUAGAUAGAAUAGAGAUAGAAAAGUUUUUAAAUAGCAGUUAAUUUUAUUUCCUAAUUGUACAUUUUAUGACACAGUGAUUUUAUAAUGUAAUAAAAUGUGUAUAUUUAUUAUUUGUAGAUAAACUAAAUAUAACUGAUAUUAAAA